GUCCCACUUCAAGCUGUCGCACUCGUUUGACACCCAGCAUUUUGAUCCUUCCCAUUUGAGCAAAACCCCUGUCUGGUCCACGCGAAGUCUGGAGCUAUGAGCGAGGAAGUGGUGCUGGGCUACACCGCCGCCAUCGUGGCUGUCUUCUUCUACGGAACCUGCUACGUGCCCGCCAAGACCUACGCCACCUACGAUGGGAUCAUUUUCCAGUGGUUUAUGUGCUCUGGCAUCUUAAUGGUGGGCAUCGCCUGGGGUUUACUCAGCAACAAUUGGUCCCAAUACUCCCAGUCGGGCAUGUUCACGUUUCCCGAAGGCUUACUGGGUGGGGCUUUAUUCGCUAUCGCCAACCUAUUAAUCCCAACUGUGGUCAACACCCUCGGUCUGGGAGUGGGUUUUAUGCUCUGGAACGCCACCAACAUCACGUUGGGCUAUUGCGUUUCUCGUCUCGGUCUAUUCGGCGUCUCCCCCACGAUCCCUAACAUGCCCUGGACCAGUUUAUUGGGCAUAGUUUUCAUGCUGGCCUCAAUCGCGGUCUACGGGACCAUAAAACCCACUCUGAAAGCCCCCAAAACCAAAAAAUCCAAGAAAACCAAGACCAAACGCGACAAAAAUCACGAAAACGGAAGCAACACGAGUCUCACCAGCUCAUUUGGUGAAAAUUCACCUUUGCUACCGCAAUUUUCGGACGACGCCGAGUUGUCAAGUAUCCCUCUAACUCGACGGGAAUCGCUGCCACAAGCGCUCAUGCACCCGGAAUUACCCAAUUUUGGGCCUUAUAUGAUGCCCAAUGAGUUGGGUGAACACGUGGAAUUGAUCGACGCUGAUGCUGAAAAAACCCGAAAGAUUUUUGGGAUGACAAUUGCGUUACUGGUGGGGGCUUUUUUGAGCUGCUGCCUCGUGCCGUUCGUCAACUGGAAAGACCGCUGCAAACCGUCGGAUCCCGCACUCAGUAGCCCCAUUGUGGAGACGUGCAACCCGCUAAACUUCGUCUUCUCGCAGUGUCUGGGCGUCUACUUGACCAGCACCAUCGUCUUCUUACUGUACUCGGUGUUCCAUCGAUUCGUACUUAAGCGCUCGAUGCCGCGUAGUGUCAUGCGUCCAGCCUAUAUCUGCGGUGUUUUGUGGGGGAUCGGCUUGUGUGGCCAACUCUACGCUAUCGGAGCGUUGGGGUUUGACCAGAUUUUCCCCAUUUGUUCGAUUGGUCCUGCUAUGGUGUCCAUGUUGUGGUCUGCUGGAUAUUUUAAGGAAAUCCAAGGUGAGAAAAAUCUACGGACACUUGCACUCGGCACGGCGCUCGUGCUUAUUGGCACUGGACUGCGUGUCAUCUCUAUGUGAGAGAAUUGAUUCGACAAAUCUAAACAAAAUAAAGCUGACUCAUUGCAGGUUUUUUUUAGAUUUUACAAAAUAGUACAUGCUUAGCAGUCGUUACUAAAAAAAAAUAUUUUUGUCAUUGCUAACGUGGG